AUGGUAUCAGCAACAUCAACCAAUAUUUAUCAAACAAAUUUUUCAGACUUUGAUUCAAUUAAAAAAUCAAUUCAAUCUCAAGUACAAUAUUAUUUUAGUGAAGAAAAUUUACGUAGAGAUAUUCAUCUUAGAUGUAAUAUGGAUGAAGAAGGAUGGGUAUCAAUUCCAUUUAUUUGUGGAUUUAAUAGAAUGAGAUCAUUUGAAAGUUCAACUGUUAUUGAAACAUUAAAAUCAUUAAAUUCAUUAGAAUUGGAUUUACAAAAUAAUAGAGUUAGAAUAUUGGAUAAUAGUAAAAGAAAACUUUGGAUUUUAACUCAAGAAAUGAAAGAUGGAUUUUUAGUUGGUAUUGAACAACAACAACAAGCUCAAUCAAGUGAAGAAUCUGGUUGGGUAACAGUAAAGUCUAAAAAACUUUAUAAAUUAGAGAAUGGUUCUACUUCAAAAGAUUCAUUAUCAAAUUUAUUGAAUCAACAUGAAAAUGAUACUGAAAUCAUUAAACAACACAAAACUGAAGAAGGUUUCUUUGAUUUAAGUGGUGAUGAAGAUGAUAAACAAGAUUUUUUCAUAAAAGAAAGAAGAAAUUUCGAUUAUAGAAAUAUUGAACAAGAACAACAAGAUUUUGAAAAUGAACAACAACAAGAAGAUGAAGAUGAAGAUGAUCAACAACAACAACAACAACAAAUUGAAGAAGUUGAAGAGGAAGAACAAUUGUUUGGUAGUUAUUCUGAAAAAUCUGAAGAUAAUUUUAAUGAUGAUGAUCAAGAUUAUGAAAAUAGUGAAGAAGAUGAUGAUAUUUCAAAUAAAUUAAUCAUUGUUACUCAAUCACCAUUCAGAAAGAAUAAAAUUAAUAGUAAAAAGUAUAUUAAUGCUGAUUUGGCAAGUGCAAUCAAUGAUGGUCUUUAUUUCUAUGAACAAGAUUUAAAAAGAAAUAAACAAACAAAAUAUCAACAAUUUAAUACUAUCAUUGUUGAAGAAUCAAAACUUUCUAAGCAAUCAAUUCAACAAAAAUCAUCAACUCAACAACAACCACCACCAUUACAAAAACAACAACAACCACAACCACAACCACAACCACAACCACAACCACAACCACAAAAACAAAAAUUACAACAACAACCAUCAAAUAAAUUAAAUGAUUUGAAAUCUCCAACUAGACUCUAUUCACCAAAACCAAAGAAUACAAGUGGUAAUAAAGUUAAUGAUGGUAGUACUCCUAUUGGUUGGGUUAUGGCACCAAAUUCUGAACCUCCAUCACCAAUUUCAAAUAGUCCAUUGAAUGCAUCACCAAAUUCUGUUUCAAAUAAUAAAUCUAUUGAAACUAAAUCCUCUAAUAGUAAACCAAUAACUAAUAGUAAUAAUAAUAAUAAUAAUAGUUAUGCAUCAAUUGUUAAUUCAAAAUCUAAUAGUAAUAAUAGUUUAUUAUCAUCAUCAAUUAAGUCUAAUAAUUCAUCAAUUGAUGGUAAUGGUGAUUUCGAAAAACAACCAAGUCCAUUCCCAUACUUUCAACAUCCAUCAUAUGAAUUACUAUCAGAGAAUGGAUUUGUUCAACAUAAAUACAACAAAUAUCGUAGUAAAUGUAUGAAAGAUCGUGAACGUUUCGGUGUUGGUCAAUCAAUGGAAAUGAAUACCUUGUUUAGAUUUUGGUCACAUUUCCUUCGUUCUCAUUUCAACAUUAAAAUGUAUGAAGAGUUUAAGACCAUCGCUUUAGAGGACGCAAAACAAAAUUGGAGAUAUGGUUUAGAAUGCCUUUUUAGAUUCUAUUCCUAUGGUUUGGAAAAGAAAAUCAAAUUACUCUUAUUGAAUGAUUUCCAAACAUUAACACUUCAAGAUUUCAAUGAACAAAAACAAAUCUAUGGUGUUGAAAAGUUUUGGGCUUUCCAAAAGUAUGGUAAAGAUAAAUCUCCUUAUGAUUUAAAUCCAGAAUUAAAACAAAUCCUCUCCAAAUUUAAUUCUGUCGAAGAUUUCCGUACUUAUGAAAGAGUUAAUAAACCAAUUAUCUCUUUAAAUCAAAUUAAAACUUCAUCAUCAUUGAUUUCAUCAUCACCAAAGGUAUCAUCAUCUUUACCAACAACAACAACAACAACAACAACAACAACAACCUCAUCAUCAUCAUCAAAUCAUAAAUCAUCAUCACCAUCAUCAUCAUCAUCAUCAUUUAGUUCCAACUCUCAUUCUACCUCUUUUGGUAGUAGAAAAAAAUCAUUUGGUUCAAGUUCGACCACAAUGGCUUGGAAUACAAGAUCAACCAUUCAAACUACUCCACAUCAAUCAAGCAAUACCAACAAUGCUAGUGGAGUAGUUGGUUCUUCAAGUGCCAAGACAUAUUUUGUUAAAAAUGGAAUGUAA